GUUUACGAGGAGCAGGGGGGGGAGGGAGGGAGGGAGGGGUAAUAUCGGGUCUCUGGCAUCUCAAUGCUCUCAACACAUUAAUCGUGAAGAAACAGGAUAUAUAACCCCACCCGCAAGGUCGAGUUCUCCCCUUUCUGUCAUUCCUUCGCUCUUAACCGAGAGAUUUAUCACUGAAAUUCAAACAUGCCAUCUGCCGAAAACCUGCAUUUAGCACCAGAAGCCGGAUCUUUGGACUUAGAUGUUCUGAUCAUUGGCGGCGGCUUCUCCGGAUGUCUUUUACUGCACAAGAUCCGGGAUGAACUCAAAUUGAACGUGAAAAUUAUCGAGGCCGGACCUUCCGUUGGUGGGACAUGGUACUGGAACCGCUAUCCGGGGGCACGUGUCGACUGUCCGGUUCCUGGAUAUGAGCUGUUCAGUCCAGCUGUUUGGAAGGAUUGGAGGUGGAAGGAGAGAUAUCCCUCACAGGCAGAGCUCAAGGCUUACUUUGAGCAUGUCGAUAGAGUAUUGUCGAUCAGCAAGGAUUGUCUUUUCAAUUCCAUGGUAACGUCAGCUCAGUUCUCCGUGGAUGAGAAGAAAUGGGUUAUACAGAUAAAGGACGGACGGGUGGUUCGGGCAAAAUACUUCAUCCCAGCGGUUGGUUUUGCAGCGAAGGAAUAUACUCCAGACUGGAAGGGACUUGACAGCUUCCGUGGAGCCAUAUGCCACUCUGCUAAUUGGCCAAAGGAAGGGGUAGACGUCAAGGGCAAGCGGGUUGCCAUCAUUGGAACGGGCUCCACGGGCGUACAGAUCACCCAAGACUGGGCAAAAGAAGCCGCGGAGACUUACGUCUUUCAGCGGACACCAAAUAUCUGUCUGCCCAUGCGCCAGAAGCAACUUGACCCGGUCCAGCAGGAGAACAAGGAGGAGCGUCUAGCAUUGUUUGAAUUUCUCUUCACGACCAGUGGAGGGCUUCCUUAUCUCCCUGUUCCAAGAUACACGUUCGACGAUUCGCCCGAAGAGAGAGAAGCCACAUAUAAGAAGAUAUACGAGGAGGGGGGGUUCUCAUUCAUGGGCGCGAACUACCAAGACUUCAUGCGUGACGUGGAGGCAAACCGCGAGGCAUAUCGAUUCUGGGCCAAGAAGACACGAGCCCGAUUGAACGAUCCCCGACUCCAAGACCUCCUUGCUCCUCUCGAGCCGCCUCACCCCAUUGGCGCGAAGCGCGCGUCGCUCGAACAGGACUACUACGAACAGUUCAAUAAGCCCAACGUACACCUGGUCAAUGUCAAGGAGAGCCCAAUCGCCGAACUCAGACCCAACGGUAUAGCAACCGAGAAAGAGUUCUUCGAGGUCGAUAUCAUCGCCAUCGCAACGGGCUUCGACUCAGUCACCGGCGGUAUUGAGAAAGUAGGUCUCAAAGACGCAGAUGGCGUCGAUCUCAUCAAGCGAUGGAGAGCUGAUGGUGUUCACACGUAUCUCGGGAUGACGGUCAGCCGCUGCCCGAACAUGUUCCUCCCUUACAGCGCCCACUCGCCCUCUGUUUUCUCAAGCGGUCUUAUAACGAUCGAGGGACAGUGUGAUUGGAUCUGCGGCGUGAUACGGAAAAUGGAAACAGAUGGAAUCAGCGCCAUUGAUGUGAAGAAGGAGGCUGAGCAAGGAUGGACGGACGAGGUUGCGGCAGUCGCCCAGAUGACUGUUAUUCCCUAUGGCCAAUCGUGGUAUAUGGGUGCGAACAUCCCUGGCAAACGGGUAGAGUCUCUUUUCUAUCUUGGGGGGAUUCCUCGUUACCGGCAGAAGUGUCAGGAGGCGUUGGAUAAUAAUUUGGAGGACUUUGCUAGGUUGUAGAUACUCACGUGGUGAAUUUACUUCUAAAUAGUACAGACGUGAUAUGUAAUGAUCAGUAAAUUGCUAUAUAAUAUAGGUGCAGUCAUAGUAUCCUGCAAAAAGCCUACAUUAUGUUUUCUUUGUUAUAAUCCGACAUUUGCAGAGUACUUUUACAUGCAUAUCGUUUAGUUUAGAUGCAUCCGCAU